GGGGCUGUGUUUUGACCAGAACAUAAACCGUAGCAGCUGCUGCCGUCGCGGGUUUCGCUCUCGAGCCCCCAUCCGCCGCUUUCCCCUUUUAAACCCUCGUCCCUGUGGUUUACAGGGAGGCGAAACCACCCAAGUGCCCGCCGAAUGGGAUCACGAUCAACCGGAGGGAGAGCGGCGGAGGAAGAGGUGCCGAACACGGAGCUCUACGCCCGCCUCCAAGUCUCGCCGUCGGCGUCCGCUGAGGAAAUCCGUAAAGCGUUCCUUUACUGGUCGGGGGUGGCUCACCCCGACAAGCACCUCGACCCCCAGUUGAAGGAUGUUGCUACGGAAAAUUUUCGUCAAAUUGUUGAAGCAUAUGACAUCUUGAACGAUCCAGACAAAAGACAAAUCUAUGAUAUUUAUGGUAUGGAAGGCCUAAGUUCAGGCUUGGAACUUGGGCCCCACCUGAAUAAAGUAGAUGAACUAAAGGAAGAAUUGGAAAAACUAAAGCGUCACAAGGAACAUGAAAAGGCACUCGCUCACUCUGGAGCUUCAGUUAUGCUUCUUGGGAGAUUAUCCUUACCUGAUUACCUGGAGGGUGGUCGCAUUAUUAAUCGAAUGGAAAUGGCUAGUGACUUUCAAUCACAAAUAUCCAAGCGAAACAUUGUUUCUGUUAAUGGACGAUUUGUUGUUUCUGGUGAAAGUGGUCAAGGUUCAGCAACUGUUGUGUUUAGGCACUAUGUUUCUCCUGCUACCGAAGUCGAUUUUAGGGCAACAGCUGGUCUACGGUCACUCAUUGGUUUCCAAGCAUCUCGUCAACUUUCAAAUCAUUCAACAGCAUCUUCAGGGUUUAUGGUUUCUUUAGGAGAUGGAUCAGUCAAUCUUUCUAAUACCUGGGGUCGUCAACUAUCAGAAACGAGCUCAGGAAAUAUACAACUUGUUUUGGGAACAAAAUCAGCCAUUAGCGUUGGAUGGCAAAAGAAAGAGAAAAAAGUUACAGCUGCUGGUGCAAUAAAGUUAGGAAUAGGUCUUUCUGAGGCUUCAGCCCAAUAUACACGACAUUUGUCGGAGAAGUCACAUUGCCUUGUUGCUGGUUACCUUGGAAGUACACUUGAUUUUGAAAUUGGGGGUGGCAGAAGGCUAUCUAACUCCAGUACUGUACGAGCUAUCUACAACGUUGGAAUUGAGGGAGUUAGUUGGAGGUUUGAGUUACACAGGAGGAGGAAUGAAAAGAUUGUGAUCCCAGUUUUACUUACUCGCGAGUUAAAUCUCUUAGUGACAACUGGAGCAUUGCUGAUUCCUUCAUCAAUUUAUUUUCUUCUCAAGAAAUUUGUUCUGAAACCUUACUAUCGCAGACAGGAGCAGAAGAAGGCAAUUAAAGAAAAGGAGGAAUCCUUAGAUCAGAUUAGAAAAGCAAGAGAUGCAGCUAAAAAUGCUCAGAAGUUGCUAGAAAAUGCUUCCAACAGGAAGAAAACUAAAGAACUGGAGAAGGAUGGGCUAGUUAUCACUAAGGCAAUGUAUGGAAAAAUUGACACUACCAACGAAAAUGAUUAUCUUGAGGCAAUUGAUGAUGCGGCAUCUCUAGUUCUAGAUGUUACAUUACCGCUCAACUUCCUGGUGACCAACUCACAGCUUAAGCUUCAUAAAGGAAUCAAGAAGUCUGGCUUAAUGGGAUUUUGUGAUCCAUGCCCGGGGGAGCCUAAACAAUUAUUAGUGGAAUACACAUACAAGGGAGAUAAAUACAAGGUACUGGUUGGUGACUACGACUUGCUGCAGAUCCCACAAUACAGACACAAAGUUUGAGAACUCUUUUUUGAUUUGAUAACCAAAAACAUCAAUCAAUUUUGACUGUAUGUAGCAGUCCAUCUGCUUUGGUCUUAGCUUUCUUUUCCUGCUCCUAGGCUAAUUCUUCAACAAUUGAAACUGUGGAAACAAUAAGGCCAAGUUACCCAACUGCUCAAUGUAUCUUGCUAAAAUAUGGCAUAAUUUACUAACAUAUUGGAGAUCUUGCAUCUCUGCGUGAUAUCGAGAUUGGCAUUGGCGUGCCUAGCUGGUGGUUUUCGUGGAUAAAUUCAAUGCUUUUGCAGUUGGACCAACUCGACCCUAUACUACAGAAGGCAAUCUUUUGGAAGAAGUGGAAUCCAAAGGCAGCUGAUAGCAAUGCUUCUCAGCAGAUUUUCACAGGCCUGGACUACCCAUUCCUUUUUGGUUUUUGGACGUCACUUUACUCUGUUUCUUUUUUUCCCCCCUAGAGGUAGAUGCUUUUCUUUAUAGUUCAUCUAUUAGAUAAAUUAAAAGCACAGUUUGUGGACACUCAGGAAUUAAUUUUUUAGAUAUUUAUCAUGUUUGAAAUUUGAA